AUGACAAAAGGUGGACAAGAUCGAUGGUUCAACAUUUCCAUUAAGAAGUUGCUUGGAAAAAACCACAUUCAGAGUUGGGAGGUUGUGAGUUCUGGUUUGAAAGAAUGGAUCUUCCAACAACUCAAAGAUAAACGUUCAAGAUAUAGUUACCGGAUGUGCAGUCAUGACCCUAGCAUGAAUGAUUUACAUGAGAUAUUAUCAAAGAGGGGUGAUCAGGUGAUUGGAGGAGAGAGAUGCCUUGAAAAUUUUGGUUGGAGUGUGAACUGUUCAGAUUUUAAUGAGAGCCUCCUUAUGUGGCACAUUGCUACUGAUAUUUGUUACCAUGAUGAAGUCCGAAAAAAGGAUGGGAUUGGUAAAGAAAGGUAUAAGCAAAACUGUAAUGAUGUCUCCAAAUUCUCUACAGAAGUAGAAACACUUAUCUCAGGAGCUGAAUGGGAAUCAUUUCGAUUUAAAUUUAAAACACAAGUGAGUGAUGUGUCGGUGUUGUAUGGUGGUUCCAUGCUUGCGCAGCCAUUGCAGCGUCUUGAGACGAAGGAUAGUUGGGAAAAUAAGCAAUGCUCUUUCCAUCCACAAUGA